ACAUGGUUGUAGCUGUCGACAGUCAGGAUCGCUGUCACCGACAGAGAAAAGAAGACGCCUUAUUCUACUCUCUUCGUAGUUCUCCUCCUCCUCUGUGCCCUGUACCACGCGGACUGCGAUUGAUGCCGUGGGUGUGUGCCGCGGCCCCCAUGCGGGGACGCUGCUUGCCCACGAUAACCGUUUCGAUCUUCCCGCAACGUGCGCGUGCCAGUGUGGGUCUCGCAGCCUCGGAGGCCUAUAUAUGCGCUCUCAUGCCGCGAAGAUGAUGUGCAUCGCUCCUCGACCACAGCUCCUUGGCGGACGUCGACAUGCAGCGCGCCUUCGCGAUCCUCAGCGCACUCGCGGCCGCGGCCGCGGUCCUCGCGUGUCCGGGCGACGAACACGACCAUGUCCAUCAGCAUGGGAAGCGCGAGUACCCCCAGGUGCCUCUGACGGCCCCGACGCGUCCACUGGAGUGGUCGGACGUGAAUGUCAUUCAUACUACAGAUAGCCACGGAUGGCUGCUGGGUCACCAGCACCUCUCGUUCCCUGAGCCAAACUACAGCGGAGACUUUGGUGACUUCGCAUCGUUUGUGACGCGCAUGAAAGCGAUCGCUAAGGAAAAGGACGUCGAUCUUCUACUCAUCGACACCGGCGACCUGCACGACGGCACCGGUCUCUCGGACGGCUUCCCUGCCGGCCAGGUCGACGGCCAUGAGACGAACAAGUUCAUCAUGGACCUCCCGUACGAUGUUCUCGCCAUCGGGAACCACGAGCUAUACGACUACGCGAACACGUACGACAUGUACACGAACUUCGCCCCCUAUUGGAACGGCCGAUACCUCUCUUCGAACGUGAAUAUCACCGUGUACACUGGCAGCGGGAAUGAGACGACGAGUGUCCCCGUUGGCGAACGGUUCGUGAAGUUCAAGACGGGGAAGGGCCGCUCCGUGACCUCGCUCGGUGUGCUGUACGACUUCACUGGCAACGACGUCAACACGACGGUCCAGACGGUUGCCAAGAUGGUCAAGGAGGACUGGUUCACUGAAGCUAUCAAGGACGAACCUGACUUCUUCCUGCUUCUCGGACACAUGCCUGUGCGGUACGACAACUGGCCGACCGUGUACAAGGCCAUCCGCAAGGUGCACAAGAACACGCCCAUCCUGAUCUUCGGUGGCCACACCCAUAUCCGCGACUGCACUCAACUGGAUGGACGUUCGAUGUCCCUCGAGAGUGGUCGCUACAUGGAGACAGUCGGCUGGAUGAGCGCGAAUCUUAGCGGCUCAGAUACUGAGAACAUCACCUUCACUCGGCGCUACCUGGAUGCCAACCGUGUAACGUACGAGUACCACGCGAACAAGAGCAACAGCACCUUUGACACCACUGCUGGCAAAAACAUCACGGCUGGUCUUCAGAAGUUGUGGAAUACCUACGAUUUGAGCUUCUUGUAUGGCACUGCCCCUCAGGACUACACCCUCUCGCGUGACCCCUACCCGUCGAAUGGUUCUGUCUUGUCUCUGCUUGUAUCCGAGGCGCUCCCGUACGCACUCAGCAUCAACAACACGCGCGUGAAGAUCCCCAACAUCAUCCUCACCAACUCCGGCGAGCUGCGCUACGACAUCUUCGCGGGCACGUUCAACGAGAACGACCAGCUCACCGCACUCCCCUUCGCAGACGCCUUCCUCUACAUCCCGAACAUCACCCUGUCCGUCGCGGAGCAGGUCCUGCCGGGGCUCAACAAGGACGGCGAGAACGACCGCCGGUCGCUCGACCUGCUGGAGCGCGAGGCGGAGCGCUAUGCGAGGGGCGACGUGAGCGUGCGGUACAAUGCGUGGUUGGAAGAGAUGAGCGCGCGGAGGAUCAGGUCGAGGGCUGACAGUGAUGAUGCGAACCUGACGUUGGGAUAUGUCACGUCUGAUCAAUGCCCCGGCGAUGGCGACGACACCCCUCACACAGCCCUCCCGUACCACUCGAGCCCGGACUACAUCUCGUCCGAUUCCCCCAGCGUAUCGAACGACACCCUCAUCGACUUCGUCUUCAUCAACUUCAUCGAGGACGACGUCCUCGAGAUCCUGAACAGCGUACAGAGCGACACGAAGUACACCGACUCGGACGUGCUGUCGUACUCGCCGAUCCUCGCUAGUGCUGUGCUGGGACUGUACGCGCAGGGGAACUGGAACUGAAAGCAGUUGAUGUUGUAAUCUGGGCAACAUAUACCUUCUGUGCUGAGUGAUUGUUCUCCGUCUUGAACUUCAGCCUCCAAACUUCAAGUCUCACGCUCGUACAAUUCCGAUGGUGAGU